AUGAGUUCCAAGUUCAUCAUCGAUAGCAUGCUCCCCAAGUACCACCAGCAGUUCCACCACCAGAACCUGUUCGCGGGCGCGGCGGCGUCGCCGAUCGAGGCGUCGUUGUCUUCGUCGCUGUCGUCGUCGUUGUCGUCGUCGCUUUCGUCGUCGCUGUCGUCGUCGCUGUCGGGGGCGGCGCUGGGCGCGGGCUCGCCGGGCGCGGGCAGCCCGCAGCGCUCGUCCUCCUCAUCGUCGGCGUCGCCCGGCGCCCCGGCGAGGAUGUACCCCUACGUGUCGCACCACCAGCAGUUCGGCGGCUCGGUGCCGUUCACGGGCGUGGGGGCGGACGACAAGAGUUGCCGCUACCCGGCCGCCGUCGGUGCUGACCCCAUGAUGAACUACGCGCUCGGCCAGCACAAUGGGGGCGCAGCGGUGUCCGCCGCCUCCGCUAGCAUGGCGGCGGCGGCGCAGUUCUACCACCAGGCGGCCGCCUCCGCUGCCUCCGCCGCCUCCGCGGCCUCCGUGGACGCCAUGGGGGCCACCUGCGCCCAGCCCUCCGCCCAGCCGCUGCCCGACAUACCGCGCUACCCCUGGAUGUCCAUCACUGAUUUUCCAUUUCCAGAUUGGAUGAGCCCCUUCGACCGCGUGGUCUGCGGUGAGUUUAAUGGCCCGAACGGCUGCCCGCGACGACGCGGCCGGCAGACCUACACGAGGUUCCAGACUCUGGAGCUGGAGAAGGAGUUCCACUUCAACCACUACCUGACGCGUCGACGCAGGAUAGAAAUAGCUCACGCCCUGUGCCUCACGGAGAGGCAAAUCAAAAUAUGGUUCCAGAAUCGGCGCAUGAAGCUCAAGAAGGAGCUACGCGCUGUGAAGGAGAUCAACGAACAGGCGCGCAGGGAGAGGGAAGAGCAGGACAGAAUGAAGCAGCAGCAGCAAGAGAAGCAGGCGAAGCUGGAGGGACAGCACCACGGUCACCACGUCACCCACCACCACGACGCGAUGAAGAUGCCCAUCGACAAGGGCUCCAACGAUCUUCUAAAAGUGAAUAAGGUGCCGACG